UGCGGAAGAUGAAAUGAUCAUUUGAUGUUAUUUUGAAUACUUAUUUUCAGGUUUUGACGGCAGGAGUGGUAAACAGUUUUGGUGUGAUUUAUAUGGUCCCAUUGCAAGAAUUCCAAAGCAGUGCAGCUUUCAAAUCCUGGAUUUUCAACGUUGGCCGUGGGUUAGGGUACAUGUCUGGGUUUAUGGCUGGUCCUUUGAGUACAGCGUAUGGACACAAGAUCGCAAUGAUUGGCAGUUGCAUGGGUCCUGUCGGACUGACAAUUUCGUCUUUUGCAGAAACACCGUACCUUUACAUCCUGUCUCAUACCAUUUUACAAUGGGAUUUGGAUUUUCGCACUACGUCCUCUACAUCCACAUGCAAAAGUCCUUCCACAAACACAGAGGUUUGGCCACGGGGCUUUUUGCAGCCACAAGAGCAGCAAGUGGAGCACUUAUGCCACAAAUGGCGAACCUCAUGUCGGAGAAAUUCGGCUACAGAAUCAUGAUGCGGAUCCUCGCGGGCCUCAGUGGACUUUCCUUCCUUUUCGCCUUCAUUCAAACCCUGCACAUCCCACCCAGCGACUUGUUGGACAGUCAGACCAACAAGCCAGAGAAAAACAACAACAAUAAUAAUAAUAAUAAUGGGACCGAUGACGAUGAUAAUGAAGAAGGAAGCGAUUUGUCGAAGACGCAGUCGGUGGUGGAGUUGCUGGAAGCGAGCGAUUCGAAACUCGCGCAGUCUUGGCAAAAACUGCGGAAUUCCAUGGAUUUCUCGGUGCUGAAAGAACCGAGUUUCCUGAUCUUCACUGCCGUGGAUUGUUUGCUGUCGUUCACGAUGACGAACGUGUUUCUCACACUGCCGUUUUUUUCUGUGGAGCGAGGGUUUGAGCCUUGGGUGGCGGCGUCGUUGCUGACGACAACGUCGGUGGCGGAAGUGCUCGGGGGACUCGUCAUCCCGCCGCUUUUCGACGUGCCCAGAGUGAAUUUCCUGUAUAUUUUUUGCGGUCUGCAAUUCCUCGGCAGCAUUUUGUUUGUUGUUAUUGGAUUCGAUGUGGACAAGAUUGGCAUGAUUGUGAUAUGCGCAGUUUUUGGCUUGGUUCGUAGUGGCACAGUUGGUAUGUGCAACGUUUUUCUCAUCAGACAGCUGACAAUAAAACGAUUUCCGUCGGCGCUGUCGGCGAAAGUGCUGUUCAAAUUUGGCAUGUUUUGCAUCGGUCCUAUCACUGGUCACAUAGUGGACCUGACAGGAAGUUACAAGACUUCGUUCUUCAUCUUCGGAGGGGUAAUGGCAAUGACAGGAAUCGCGUCAGCAACGUUCCCGUGCUUUAUAAAACUGAAGAAGAAAGAAGCCUACGAAGUUAACGUUUGAUGAGCCAAGAAAUCGAGAUUCAGCGACUCGAAGCAGAUUAGAUAUUUCGCAAAACGACCAGCCAUUGAGUAUUUUGAUGCAGUGCAAAGAAAAAAGCACGCGUGCUUCGGAGAAGGAGGAAGAAAAAAGGGUCAUUUGUGCCUCUUGUUUUUUGUAUUCAUCGCGAUCGAAAGAUAUAUUUUGAUAAUAAAAGUCUAAAUGCCAAAAAUGGAUGCUGGAAAAACUUCGGGUGCAUAAAACUUGAGAACAUUUUGUUGAAGAGAGACAGAAAAUGUCGUUGUGUAUCGGAAAUUUCCGAAUUGACCGCUUUCACCGUGUAGGUUGUGAAGCGUUCAGUAAAUUAUUGGUUGAAA